AUGGUUGGGGGAGAUACAUUUAGAUGCUUUAGGAAGAAGUGGUGGGAUAGUGGUGACGUGAGACAAAAGAUUUUGGAAAGGAGAGCUGGUGGAGGCUGUGCAGUCUAUGCAUCGUGUGAUAUUAUUAUCAGAAGAGAGCUUUGGUUGGAAUUGACUUCUAUAAGGAGUUUAUGUGAUGGGCCAUGGGUGGUUUGUGGUGAUGUCAAUGUCACAAGAUAUCCCAAUGAGAGGUCAGAAUGUCAAAGAAUCACAGGGGCCAUGACUGAAUUCACUGACUGGAUAAAUGAGAUGGAGCUCUUUGAUCCUCCUUUGUUUGGAGGAUCCUUCACUUGGAGAAGGGGUGAUAAUCAUAUGACAGCUUCCCGGAUAGAUAGAUUCGUAUAUUCUCAUCAGUGGGAGGAACUCUUUACACAGAUCAAGCAAGAUCUUCUGCCUAGACUAUACUCAGAUCAUAAUCCUAUAAUGCUAUCUUGUAGAGAUUUAAGUUUGAAGAAAUCUUACUUCAAAUUUGAACAAUGGUGGAUGGGAGCGGAAGGAUUCAGAGACAAGGUCAAGGAAUGGUGGAUUUCUUUUAGUGUAACUGGAACAGGUUCAUUUAUUCUGGCCACAAAAUUGAAGAUGUUGAAAGAUAAUCUGAAGGUAUGGGGUUUGGAGAACAUGAACAAUUGGAAACAGAAAAAGGAGGAUGUCUUGCACCAGUUAUCAAGUCUAGAAGAGGUCCAGGAGCAGAGAAUCCUAACUGAGGAUGAACUUCUCCAAAAAAUCCACUUAUCCAUGGAAUUCGAGGAAAUAUCCUGA